AUGCUCGACUCCAACCAUCUCGACAUUUGGAGCUUAACGAACGGAUUUAAUUGCUACCCGGAUGUUUCAUUCACGCUUAAUAUGAAUUGUUCCAAGAUGCCUGAAGCAAUUGCAGGUGGUAGCCAUCCUCCAGAUCCCAUGAUUAUGACAGAGCUUCCAACCAUUUCCCUUGAAUCUAUGACACCGCCAUCUUGGACAAGUGACAUGGAGAGUCUAAUUAGGAACUGCUACAAUUAUUUUGGGAGUGAGCGCUUACUGCAUGAAGAUACAUAUUCACCCGCUCAACCUAAAGCACCAACAUCUACGAUACCACUCAGUUUUCUGCCUUGUGAGCUUGUUAUUAAUGAAAGAAAAAGUUGGGAUGAUGUAAGCAACAAGGUGACUACUCACUGGGAUUCUUCAGCAGGGUGCAAUAAUCAGGAUUUAUCUGGCUGUGCCAGCUUUAUGGAGAUUUAUAUUUGUUACCACUGUGAAAGGCAGUUUACCAAUAAAGAUGCAAUGCGCAUUCACCAAAAUGCCUGCAGUCACCGUCCAGAUAAUCAAGCUGGUAUGCAAACGCCUCCCCCUCCCUUGCCACCACCUCCUCCUCCUCCCUCCCGCUCCUCCAAGACACUGCCAAUCCAUGGAGGAGACUGUGCACGUCCACUUACCCAUAACCUAACUGACGAUGAUCGCCACAGAAUCAGUAAAGAGAGUUUCUUGAAAUCUUUUCAGUUGGUCCAAAUUCUCAAAGCUGAGAAACUAAAGUCUGAAAAGCUCAAGUCAAGGCGAAAUACAGAUGUUGAUUGUCAAAUAAUUGAUGUUGAACCUCAUGAUUCGGUUCAACAAACUUCACCACGGACCCCAAAGUCGCUCAUUUCUCAAUUAAGUCGGGAGGGAGAACCAGGAGUCCAUCGCAAGCGCCUCUGUUACCCGACCAGUACAGAGGAGAGCGAUGGAGACAGCGGUGACAGUGUUACCAGCAACAACGUGGAGGACAUUGACACGUUUAAAAAGAGUUCAAAAACCAAUUCUCUGCUCUGCAUUGAUAUUUCAUCAUUGCUGGGUUUACGGAUCCAGAAACAUGUCAAAGCAGAAACUACUUUGCAGGCAUUGCCGGACAUUGAACAGUACUGCAAGACACCAGAGAAAAAUGAUGCUUUAGAGAGGUUGCGUACCAGACCGAUUAUGUACCCAAUCACAUUCAGAAACUCUAAAAAGACCAAUACAAAAUUCAGUCAUGAAUACAAGUUUACCAAAGCCCAACAAAAGGAGUUUAUGAAACGUGUGCAAACAGGACUUAACAAGCAAAGCCGUAUGUUGAAACGCACACUAAAGUCAUGUAGCGUACGCCUCCGACGUUUGAAUGAGGAGGAAAUCAAAAAAUGGACAACUCCAAAACGGGAUGCUCGGGUUAAUAUCCAACCUUUAACUCAUGAUCAAAUUCUUCUGUGGACAUCUAAGCGUGAAUAUUUGAAGGACUCCCAAAAUAUCAAUAGCAUGUAUCCUUGGUCUCCACAGAAAUUCCCCUCCAAAUCUUUCCCCACAAAUAGGUCAGCUGGACCUAUGAGACGAUUAGGGUAUCACUAUUACAAAAUGGGAAGUCCUGUACAUAAAAAAGUGCGAAAGCCACCACAUCCAAUGACCAUCUACAAGAGUGUUUACACUAACAAUUCUACCUCGAAAGCUAAGCCACUUGCUGAGAGCCGCCAGUUCAUUCCUUCUGUGAAACAUACUUUGAAUGAUUCGCAUACAUUCAACAUGAGACAUGCACCCGAACUUCCGAGAUAUUUAAAUAAUCGGGUUGCUCCUAAACCGGAUCAGGUGCCUCCACAUUUUGCCAACCCCUACAGUUCGUUGAAUGCUGAACUUCUAUCUUCCCAGUUGCCCCCACCACCACCACUGCCACCCCAGGCAUACAGAAAUCUACCCAACCCUGCCCUGACACCCCAGUUCUUGGUGAGGCACAUGGAGAACAGAAGCAGCAUCUCACCUCCUCCCCUUGUUGUGAUCCCUGUUCUCGGUCCUCCACCAGAUCAGGCUAUUGCCGGUUUAGGAAUGCCCGGUAGCCAUGGAUUGGCUGCUCACAGCAUCUUGCCCAGCCAGGAAGAACCGUUAAAGCUUGUAAAUAAGCCACAAAUUCCUGUUUCUGGGGAAUCAUCGAAUGUUCACGACAAACUGAGUGACGACAAUGUGUCCAUUCAUACCAUUUCUUCUGAUUCAGAAGAUGAGGACAUGUAUGUGACCCGAUGUACGAUUUGCAAACGUGGGCCAUGUGAAUGCUCUCCAACUGAGUGCUUCAGAUUCUUACCUUGUUUGCAGCCAAAACCGGCGCACCAACCCCAACAGUUUCACACAUUCGAUCCAAAUCCUCGCAUCAGUGACCAAAAUGUUGCAAUUGCUACCACCAAUAGCCUAACUUGUGGCAAAACUGUUGGUGAAUCACCAUUGCGUGUGAUUGUGAAUUACAACAAACACAACAGUAACAAUAGUGGAGGUGGUGGCAGCAACAACUUGAGCAACAGCCAUCAUAGCGGCAGCAGCAGCAGCUUAGCCUCUUCUGCAGGUGAGCUUGCAGACAGCAGCCGUUGUCUGUCUAGUCCUGGGGAGCAGCAGAUCAGUCCAAAACAUGUUUAUGCUCCCAUCAUAAAAUCUGUGGGUCACCGGGAGAAGCAUGUAUUGAAGCAAUACCACAUGGCAGGAGGCAACCCUGAAAUGUGUAACUCCAGCCCCUUGAAAGUGAUUAACCGUGUUGAAGCUGCACGAGGAAGCAAACUGUACAAUGAGGAACUAGUGGAGAACCAUGCUGGAUCCUCAAUGUCACACAAGUAUUACAGCAAUCCACAGAGGACUAAGAGUUGGCACAAUGCCUAUAACAGCAACAAAAUCAGAGCACAAAAGGUUGGACAGAGUCCGAACCCGAGUGAGUUAGAUGAUGAUGAUAUUCAAAUUUUAGAAGAGUGUUUUCUUCCUCCCCCACCACUCUAUCUAUCUAUCUAUCUCUCUUCUUUUAUCUCUCCCUGA